AUGGUCGUUAAUGGCGGGCAGCCAAUCAAGUGCGAGAUAAUGAAAAUGAGAGAUAAUUUGAGGCAUCCGGGAGAUCUUAAUUAUUGCGGGACACACGAACCCUGUCGGAACGGAGGCACUUGCGAGAACACGGCCCCGAAUGAGUAUUCUUGCACUUGUCCGGACGGGUUCUCUGGCCAGAAUUGCCAAGUGGUUGACAACCCGUGUGCCACAACCCCGUGUCACAAUGGUGCCACUUGUUACGAGUUCAAACGGGACAGUAGUAGCAGCAGCAGCAGCAGCAGCGCCACUGGGAUCGACACGGGUUCCAGCACUGCUGCCGGGGGUAACAACUCGGCGGGUACCGGAACCAGGAGUGCGAACGGAACCACGGAUUUGGGGUUCACUUGCGUGUGUCCCAAUGGAUGGACUGGUGACAAAUGCGAAAUCAGGGUAUCAGAUUCCGCAAAAGUUGCCACCGGAGCUGCUGCUGGUUCAAUCAAGGAAAGAUCCAUCAUCAGAUAUGUUGGCAAUGAUGGGCGAAAAACCAGCAGCAAAACCGGUUGGGGCGACAUCUGUGUGGUGUUCAAAGUUGUAAAAGGAGUGGAACUGAAAAUUGACAUAGACGAAUGCAAGUCGUCACCGUGUUUGCAUGGAGGCACUUGCGAGGACUUGGUCGACGGUUUCCAGUGCUAUUGUCCUCCGGGUUGGACAGGAGUCACAUGCGACUUGGAUGCGGAUGAAUGCGAAGAAGAGCAGAACCCGUGCGUGAAUUCCUUGUCGUGCGUCAACGUUGUCGGGGACUACAGAUGCGAGUGCAUGAAAGGUUGGACGGGGAAAAAUUGCGAAGAGAAUGUGGAUGAUUGUGCAGGAAGAGGGAAACCCUGCGAAAAUGGGGCCACUUGUCUGGACCUGGUGAAUGCGUACAAGUGUGUGUGUCCGGCUGGAUUUGCA